AUGUCUCGGUCACUUCACUCUCUUUGUCUACGGCUCAUCGUGUUAGCCACUAUCAGUCGUGUCUCAUCAACAUCAACAACUGACAAUGACUGCGAAUGCUAUCUCACCAAUGGCUCCAAUUCUGCCUACUAUUCACAGCACAGCUUUUAUGACUUCCGAGAUCUUGCAGAAUAUGCCAAAGUCCCAAGUCCUGUUAAGAAUGCUUCCAGAAAAGCAGGUAUAACGAGCGACUACUUCAAGAGUGACGCCUGGGAUAACGCAUGGAGUAUUCAAGAUUGGAACAAUCGUGAGAGCGGUGGUGUCAGUCUCUCUGGCGACGCAACUGUCUUCAUGGUCAACUCUCCAAACAACAUCUACAUCCAAGAAAACGACGAUGACGAUGCAACUUCAGACACGUUCUUCACCAUGAGGACGAUGCGAAUGCCCGGUUUCCAGAGCGCCGCCGAGUUCGAAUCCGUGCCAACGUAUCACUACGUCUCGGUGCGGAUGCUCGCUCGUGUCACCGGCAGCACGGGUGCAUGCAUGGCUCUGUUCACUUACCUAGAGGGUGAAGAGCUAGCAGAUGUGCAAGAAGCCGAUAUAGAGAUCAUGACGCGCGAUCCGAAGAACCGGAUCCAGUAUACGAACCAGCCUCAUUUAUGGAGGACGGUGAUGAGGUUCCCAAAGCUACCCGCAACGCUACCUUGCCAGAGGGUAUUGAGUGGGAUGAUUGGGUUGUGCAUCGACUGGAUUGGACAUCUGAAAGAUCUGUGUGGUAUGUACAAGGGCAAGAGGUAG